AUGUCUACCCGCCGAAGCCAUCGGCAUGCCGCCCGCUGGUUCUUCCUUGGCUACCUCGCCACAGCAGCUUAUGGAGCCGUCGAUAAAGACCUCAGCUACUGUUCCAACGAACCAAACUCUCUCGUCUCAGACGCCUGCGUCUCCUACGCCACCCUCGAAGAAAUCAACACCGAAGUCCGCCCCGCAAUCAAAUUCCUCACCCAAAACGUCGAUUUCUUCACCUACUACCGUCUAGAUCUCUACGGCCGCGAAUGCCCCUUCUGGUCCGACGAUGCAGGUUUCUGCGCAAACCGUGCUUGUGCCGUAGAACUAGCCGACGAAAAGGAUAUCCCGGAAUCAUGGCGUUCCUCGGAAUUAGGAAAACUAGAAGGUCCGAAGGCAUCACAACCUUCUCCGGAAGUUCAAAAGGAGGAACCGUCACCGUUUAAAGGAACAUUGGGUGAAGAUACCGCUGAGAGUUGUAUCUUUGAACCGCAGGAGAGGGAUAAUAGGGAUUAUUGUGUGGCUGAAGAUGAGGGGAAUGGAAGUAAUUGUGUAUACGUCAGUUUGAUCGAUAAUCCGGAACGAUUCACGGGGUAUGCCGGGACAUCGGCGAAUAACGUUUGGAAGGCGGUAUACCAAGAAAACUGCUUCAACACCCAAGCUCAAUCUGAGAAGCAAAGCAGUAAUCAACCUUUUGGCGGCGCAUUCGGUCGAGGUAUUCCGGCUGACCCCAAUGCUGCUGCAAACUUGAAGAAUGUGAUGGAUAGGAGGAAGCACGAAGUCGUUCAGAAGAACUUGAUCUCCCCGCCACCUGAAGAACAGUGUUUGGAGAAGAGAGUGUUUUAUAGGGUUCUUAGUGGGAUGCAUGCUAGUAUUUCUAUGCACUUGUGUCAUGACUUUUUCAACCAGACCACCGGACAAUGGGGCCCAAAUCUCCAAUGCUACAAAGACCGUCUCCACAACUUCCCAGACCGCAUCCAAAACAUGUACUUCAACUACGCAAUCCUCCUUCGAGCCGUCGCCAAACUCCGUAAAAACCUGAACCACUACACCUUCUGCGCCGGCGACAAACGUACCAACGAAUUCACCCGCAAGAAGCUCUCCGCCCUAACCGACCGCAUCGCCUCGCACCCCAGCGUCUUCGACGAAAGCGUCAUGUUUAAAGAUGAAAACUCUCUUGUUCUCAAAGAAGACUUUAGAAACCGAUUCAGAAAUGUUAGUAGGUUGAUGGAUUGUGUCGGAUGUGAUAAAUGUAGACUUUGGGGUAAACUCCAGACUUCGGGGUACGGAACUGCUUUGAAGAUAUUAUUCGAAUACGACGAGAAUGAAGAAAACGGAAAGAACCCGAUCUUGAGACGAACGGAGCUCGUGGCUUUGAUUAACACAUUAGGGAGACUUUCCAACUCCCUCUACGCAUUCACGAGAUUCGGAGCAAUGAUCGAAAGAGAACGUGUGAUCGAGGAAAUGAGAGCUCAAGAUGCUUUCGUACAAUUAGAAAAGGAAGCAGAAAUGGAAAGAAAAAGGAAGGAAGCAGAGGCACAAAAUGAAGAAAAUGUAUUACGUUGGCCGGAACAACCGGAGUUGACGGGGAAUGAAUCGGUUAAGGAGUUGUUCAUGAGGGAGCUGGAGAUGGUUUGGUUCGCAUUUAGAUUUAUCGCGAAGAGUUGGUAUGAUCUACCAUUGAAGGCGUAA